UUCAGCUGCUUUUACUUCUGCUCCUUACUCAAAACAAGCCAUGCCUAGAGUAGGAGGAAUCUCCGACGAGACCUACGAUGCAGAUGAAAAGAUUCAGAAGAUCUGUGAUCAGAUGAAACCUCAUGUGGAGCAAAAAACAGGGAGGACGUACAAUGUUUUCACUGCCAAAAGCUACAAAACACAGCUGGUGGCCGGGAUCAACUACUUCAUAAAGGUUCAUGUUGGUGGAGAUGAGCACGUUCACCUUCGUGUUUAUGAAACACUUCCAUGUUACGGGGGAGAACUUGAGCUGAGCAGUAUGCAGCAGCCCAAGAGCUACCAGGACCCGAUCGAGUACUUCGACCUAGAUUAAAGUCCAGCGCCUGCACUGAGGACAUGAAGUUAUCAAUUUCUAAUGAUUGAAGUUCAUGGUCCAUCUCAAACCUGUUUACAAAACCCUCAGAAGAAACUACGUGUAUAUAACUCACUUACUGCAGAAAUGUACCACACUUCCUCUUUUAUAACUUGAAAUGAAUAGAAUAAAAAAUAAAAAAAAACACACUGUUAGCAAUAAUCCCCAGUUUUUAGUCACAUCUUUGUUUUAUCUUGUGAUUGAUGUUCCUCUUUGUUUGGCACACAAUGUGUGAUUUCUGUUUCCAGCAAUAAACCUGAAGUGCCUUUCGUCUGUA